CUCCGCUUCCAGUUCCAGGACGCGCGGGACUUUUACGCAACUAUCGGAUGGUUGCAAGAGCGCGUCCGCGUGCGCAGAGGUCGUGCCCGGUGCCCUUCCACGCUGCCCGCCGUGAAUCAUGUCACGCCGGAAGCAGAAGCGACCGCAGCAUCUGGUGAACUCGGACCCGGGGUACCCGGGGUGUCCGGGGGGUCCGGUGCCACUGCACGAUGACCACCUUGGCAUGAAGUCACCUUCCACGUCUCUUGGUUCAGAAGUGACCUCAUCAGGCUCCUCCUCUUCAUCGCCCACCUCUCUUCAGGACUGCCAGCCUCCCCUGGCCCCUCGCCCGUCGCCUGGUGGGCUCCACGCGCCGUCCUUACCCAGCGAGAACUCGCCUCCUCCCCACUGGCCCAGCCACAUCGCCUCCUUCAACACCUCCCUCCCCAACACGCACUCUUCCCUCUCACCGGACUUCCCUCACCCAUCGCUAUCAUCUCAGACUCACUCACCUCCUCCUCUUACUCAGACCUCAGGUUCCCAAUCCCAGUCCCAGCUGGGAAACUCUCACUCCACCAUGACCUCCCCUCAGAUGGGCAGCUCCUCAACAAUCACUACCUCCUCCUCUACUCAGUGCGUGCCGUCUCAUCGCGACAGCUCCAGCCCAGAUCACCAGCAGGCCUCCAGCUCCGCCAGGCAGCAGGAACCGCUCCAGGUGCCUCCGACUCUGGCGGUGCUCCUCGAGGAGCUGAGGGUUUUACAACAGAGACAAAUCCACCAGAUGCAGAUAACUGAAGAAAUCUGUCGGCAUGUGCUCAGGCUUGGAGGAGCUUUUUUAGGCCAAGAUAAUCCCACACAGGCGAGCAGUGCCGAGAGCAGCCAGAAAGCUGCAGGAGCAGCAUCUUCAUCACCUCCUCAUCCUUCCACUCCUGCAUCCUCAGCCUCAGUGCUCUUGACCGGUAUCUCUCCUCUCUUCCCUCAGCCCGCCAUCUCCAAAUCCAGUGUUUCAAACAUUAACAUCAGCAGAGCGCCCUCCUCUUCUACCUCAACAUCAUUAUCUGCCUCUUCUUCCUCAUCUGUUUCAUCCACUCUGAGCUCCUCUGUGGCCUCCCUACAUCCGCUGUCCCUGUCAUUGGGACUGCCACCACGCUACUUCCACGAGAAAACAUCAAACACCUCUUUUGGUCAGAGCAACGGCAUCAGUUUUCCCACACCUCCUCUUCCGAGCAGCAGCCAUUCCCAGGAUCUUCAGCCCGGCUCCUCCCUGAGCUCUGUUACGUCAUCCGGACGCCCUCAGCACGUCUGCCGUUUUUGUGGGAAGGUGCUGAGCAGCGAUUCAUCCCUCCAGAUCCAUCUCAGGUCCCACACAGGUGAAAGGCCCUACCAGUGUCCCGUCUGCUUGAGCCGCUUUACAACCAGAGGGAACCUCAAGGCCCACUUCCUGCGCCAUCGAGAGCAGAACCCGGAGCUGUCCCUCUCCCUGCUGCCUCCCGCACUGUCGGAACAAACACAGUCGGGUCCCGUUUCCGGCAGCAUUCAGAGGCGGAGAAAACGCAGAGCUGAAGACAGCGAUCCAUUUAACAGCAUCAAAGGAGGCAUUCCCGGGAUCACAGACAACAUGGCUUUAGGAUUCCUGUCUGGAGCGUCUUCCCGCCCUUCACCUUCCUCUCUACCACUUCCACCCACAGUGGACAUGGCGCUGCUGUCCACAGCCCACUCACUGCUGCAGCUGAACAGAGCUUCGGCUGCAGCGGCUGCCAGCGCGUCUGGUACGGCGCUGCCUUCCUCCUCCUCAACGUCAUCCUCCUCCUCCACCAUCGGAAGCCAGUUCAAAGGAGCAAAGCAGCAGCGAUUUGAUGAAAACACACCUCCUCAUGCCAGCAUCCACACAGGCUCCCCAUACGCCCAGCUGGCACAUCUCCCUAAGAUCCUGUUCCCCGGAGGCACCACACCUCACCACCUCGCGCUGCUGCGAGCUCCAGCUCACCCGUCCACCUCCCACCUCACCUCACCUCAUCAGCUGCCUUUCCCUUUCCCACCGUUCCCCAAACCGUCAGCCACCUCCCCCUCGUCAUCCUCCCCAACCACCUUCACCCAGACCUCUGACACCUCCAAACUACAGCGGCUGGUACAGAAGCUGGAAAAGCAGCCACAGGGAGGAGCCUCGUCCUCCUUCUCAUCUCCAUCCACCUCCUCACAAACACCUUCUGAAGCCUCUGCCAACGGGGAAACGCACGGCCACGAUCUGACCACUACCUCCAGCGCCUAUCGUAGGGAAAUGUUGGUCGCUCUAGGCCUGAGCCCCAGUGCCAAUCCUGGGGGAGUAGUGGCCGGUUCUGCUACCACAUCCAACACUGCCGCUGCUCCUCUGCUGACCACAACAACUGCAAAUCAGUGUGGAGUUUGUCUGCGUGUCCUCAGCUGCCCGAGAGCUCUGCGUUUACACCAGGCCACGCACCUGGGUGAGCGCCCGUUUCCAUGUAAGCUGUGUGGGCGCUCCUUCUCCACAAAGGGCAGCCUUCGGGCCCAUCUGGCUACUCACCGUGCAAGACCACCCAGUGCCCGUGGGCUGAACUCCUGCCCUCUGUGCCCACGCAAAUUCACCAAUGCUUUGGUUCUGCAGCACCACAUCCGGAUGCACCUAGGUGGGCAGAUACCUCCUGAUGAAGACGUGCCUCACCGAAAUGGUGCUGAAACAGAGAGCAGCAUCUUUGAAGAUGAUGAUAACGACUCAGCUGGCUCUCCGUUUAAAUCCCAUCAACUUCUUCCUCUGGCCCUAACAACAGGUUCUAAAUCCACAGCCGAUGGUCUCAACUCAGGGUCCGCUUCUCAGCACUCCACAGCUGCAACUUCUGUGAAGACAGAGGAAUCUGAGGGUUCAACUCCGAGUGUUAGUCCACCCCUGACCCAUCAUCACCCCUCAGCUGGAGCUGGAGACCCCCUGUGUGUGGGCGACAAUGCUCUGGCUAAUGUUAGCCUCAUAAAUGGUUCCAUGUACUCGGAGGAGGAGGUCCAUUCUAACUUGGGCAGCACCAGCACUUUCAGAACCUCCAUAACUAGUUCCCUCCCUGCUGUGGUUCAUAGAGACUUAGAGGCUGAAGAUACGCCUCUUUCACUUUGUCUUGCAAAACCCAUGGCAGAAGGCGACAGCGUGCACAGAGGGGUAAAUGAUAACGCCUCAUGUUCUACAGAGAACCCACCCUGUUCCACAGAAGAGUCCACCUCCAAUCCUGAUUCUAUCCCCAAACCUCAACCUGUAAACCGCUUACCUGCCCUUACCCCUCCUGCCAGCCCCAAAGUCACCCCAGAACUAGAAGAGGUAUAUGCCAGUACACCGCAGGACUCCAAGAAGGAUACUUCUCAAAGCAAAGGGACGAGUGAGGCUACUGCAUCCACGGAGCGUUUACCCCCAUCAGAUCCACACCCAGGGAAGGACACGCCCACAGAAGGGGGGCACAACAAACCAGAAAAAUCUUCAGAGGAUUUGGAGGCCUGUGUCACAGCACCAACACCAAACACUCAUCCUUCCCGGCCGGAGAAACCCUACAGCUGCUCCCAGUGUGGAAAGGCAUACGCCAGCCGAAGCGGACUCAAGGGCCACAUGAAAACUCAUCCUGGGGGGCCGACGAAUGUCCCCCCCAAGACUCAAACCAAUGAAAGUGACACUGCAGAGGAUCACAAAGCACAUUCGGCCAAUAAGAACCUCGCAGACCAGGAUGAAAAGCAGGGAUUGGUCCAAUCCCUGGAGAAAGGUGAUCCUCAACCAAUCAGUAUUGAGUUUACUGUCGCGGGUGAUUAGCCUAUGGACACUACACUGUAGAAAAUUAGCAUUCGUAAGCGGCAGAUUUUAAAGCAUCCUGACACGGGAAUGUAUUUUAUUUUAUUUUUUUAAUAGAAUGUGAUUUGUUUGUUUUUUUAGUUAAUGAUUCUAAUUGAUGUUUACUUUUAGAACAUAUGUUGAGUUUGUGUUGUAGAGACAUGCCGUCAC